AUGUCCAAGAGGAGGGGCAACAAAUCCACCAAGGUUCCAGGGGUCAAGUUACGGCCAGCCGAAAAAGGGGCAUACUCACGACCAGUCGAAGAAAGUUGCUGGGCACAGGACUCGCAAGAUGGCAGCGAAGAUACCUCUUUCUAUGAUUCAUGUCCACGGCCGCUCAAGGGUAUGUCAAUUUGUGCCACUGGAGUUCCUGACAAGCCCACACUGUUCAAACAAGCCGUCGAACUGGGCGCUACAUGUACACCAGCCUUUACAGAUCGCGUAACACAUCUAGUCGCCAUUGACCAUGGAAGUGCAAAGUAUAUGUGUGCCCUCGAACGCAAAAUCCCUAUUGUGACACCGUCCUGGAUUACAGAAAACUACAAGAUAUGGCUCAAGGGGGACGAUGUAGACGUUGUAAAGAGUGUGGAGCAGCAUCGACUACCUAUCUUCUCUGGGGUGGUCAUAUGUCCCUCUGGAAUCACCGACAUUACUAGAAGAACCCAGAUAAGCAAACUCGUGCAAGCACAUCAAGGCGAAUAUCUCAAAAACCUCGAGCGGCCGGUUCGCGUCACACAUCUACUCUGUUCAGGCGACGAGGAGACGGAAAAGAUGAAGUAUGCAGAAAAGUUCAAUAGUCGAGGCGAAGCCAAGAUUCAUUUGGUAUGGGAAGAGUGGUUUUGGGACUCGAUUGAUUUUGGUGGCAGAUUUGACGAAGCUAAAUAUCAAGUUAGUCUUCCACGUCCCGAACGAAAAGCCCUACAGCGCAGCAGUCCUCCACCCCCCACUUCAUUCGACGUUCCUUCUCAACACGACGAAAUCCCUUCCUCUUCAGUUGCCUCCAGACAGCCACAAGUGAAGAAUAUGGAAGAGGCGGAGGAUGAACCUGCUUUUGUGAACGUUUUACCUGCUGUCACACUUCAGCUGUGGGGCAGUCUCCUUGAGCGACGUGGGUACGAAAUCACCGAUGGAGAAGUCAUUCUGAGUCCCUCGAAGGGUCUUGGCAAGCGAAAAGCUUCUGAAGAACUACAACCUCCUUCCCCGGUCAAGUUUGGUGCAGCGAGAAGCGUCAUUUCGUCAUUUAGGCGUGCUAAUUCAUUUGCCCCUGCUGUUCCGAAUGCCAAAGCAGGCCCUUCGCGACAGCUCCCGUUCCGGCGCACGUCGACCGCAAUGGCUAUUAUGGGUGACAACAAUGCCUCGACAAGUGCCCUACCCGACCCAACUACGCCUCAAGCCUCACAGAUCUUCUUGGGAAUGAAGCUCCGUAUCCUAGGGGAGGCAAGGGGCUCUAAGGUACGGGAGGCCAUUGAAAAACUGGGCGGUACUAUAUCGGUUGACGAGGAGGAAGAUGUCGACUUUAUUAUCGUUCGUUUGGUCACCGGAAGCAAGUUGUAUAGAGAUGAAGAGGACGAAUCGCUGAGGGCAAAAUUCCGCACUGAAUGUUGGCUAGAGCAAUGUAUCUACGAGGAUCGUAUAUGCGGUCCUCAUGAACAUAUUUCCUCUGUGCCAAUCGCAACCCAAAUUCCUAUCCCUGGAGCUGAGAAAAUAAGGAUAGCGCUCUCUGGAUUCGACCAAUCUGAAGCAUGCGGCCUAGCCCGAUUUUUCAAGGCUACUGGUAUCACUUUUGUUCCUCAAUUCAACAAAACCUCAACACAUCUGCUCUGUCCGGCUGGCAAAGGCCACAAAUUUGACAAAGCUAUUGAGCGGAACAUCCCAGUUAUCGGUCUCGAAUGGCUGCGCGCUUUUGCAUCAACGGGUGUGGCUCCUGGUCCUAACGAAUAUUUGAUCGCUGGUCCCCCUCAACCCGCCGCAGAGGAUGGUCAACCCAUGGACAUCGAUGUUCUUCCUAUGGAUGUUAAAGGCAAAGGAAAGGCGAAAGUGGACAAACAGGCGGCAUCUGAUGCUAUGGACGUCGAGGUUGAAAAUAUUAUGAUGAUGCAGGACAUCACAAAUGAAAGUCCUCCUGAGCACAAUGGGCCUACCUCUAAGAAGAAGACAAAGCCUUUGGAGCGUAUCGCAACAGUCGUGAUAUCCACUCCUGAACCUCCAGCCCGAAUGUCAUUCGGCCAACCAAAUGAAUCUUUGGGCGGUCCUGCACCGGUCAGCCAUCCCUCCUCAAUUCCUACACCCGGCGAAACGAUUUUAAGCCCACUUGCGCAAGGCCUCCUUCAAGAGCAAGGCUCGGAAACCUCCCUACCCCAUCUUUCUCGCAGACCAAGUUCCAACCUGAAUGUAAACCAUGACACUGAUUCCAACCCCAACUCUCAUCCACAGCGUGUAUUACAACUACAAAAAACGAUAUCUGUGCUUGAUGUGACGGAUAAAGUGGGCCGGGUCCCAUCUUCAACAUCGCCGUCGCCGAUGAAGAUCCCGCGGAAUCAGGGAAGCAGGUCUUCACUUUCACCAGUGAAAAUCGACCAUCAGGCGACAAGGGCGCUGCAGGAGAGUAUUACAUCGCUACUGGGAAAGCGGGCGUCGCCCGAUGGGGAAGGGGCUGGAGGGACUGCUGCUGUUGGACCAGAGAUGGUUGGUGCUGCAGGGCCAAGGAGUGGGAAGAGGCAGAGACCACAGAGGUCCAAGCCACAGUCGAGGCAACCUUCUGGUGACGCCGAACCACAACCAGCUGCCCCUGCCCCUGCCACCAGAGUGCGAACCCGAUCAAGCCGUCACUCUCAAGCUUCAGCCUUCGGGGACACCCACAGUCCCUUUGAAUCAUACCCUGACAGCAUCGACCUGAACACUCGUGGCGAAAGCGUCCGCGUGAUGUACGAGGACCCGGGGCAAAAAGAGGAGCAGAAACGGCUUAUGAGCUUGCUGAAGAACCAGCCCGCGGCGGCGGAAGAUGAUUCGAUCUCAAACAUCAGUAUCAGCGCGUCGAAUAUCAGUGUAUCGAGUAGGAGGGGCACGAGAAGGAGUACAAAAAUUGGGGUUGAGUUUGUUUAG